AUGGGCGACCCCGGCUCCCGGGCUCGGCGGGAGCGCCCCGGGGGCCGCAGCUGGUGCCUGCGGCGCGUGGGCAUGGACGCCGAGUGGCUGCUGCUGGAGGACGGCAGCGAGGUGACUUUAGGGAGAGGAUUCGGUGUCACAUACCAACUGGUAUCAAAACUCUGCCCUCUGAUGAUUUCCCGAAACCACUGUGUUUUGAAGCAAAACACGGAGGGCCAGUGGACAAUUAUGGACAACAAGAGUCUGAAUGGCGUUUGGCUGAACAGAGUACGCCUAGCGCCUUUAGAGGUGUAUUCCCUCCACACGGGAGACCGUGUUCAGCUUGGGGUGCCUCUGGAAAACAAGGAGAGUGCCGAGUAUGAAUAUGAAGUUACUGAAGAAGACUGGGAGAAGCUGUAUCCAUAUCUUGCCCCAACGAACGAUCAGAUUUUGGGGAAAAAUAAGGGCUUGAGAACUAAAAGGAAAUGUAGUUUGGAUGAAUUAGAGGGUCCUGAAGCUCAAGGCCCCUCACAAUUGAAAUUCAAAAUGAACAAAGUGUCUUGUGAACCUGGCCAACCACUGAAGUCACAUGGGAAAGGUGAAAUGGCCAGUGGACCCUCUGAACAUUUGGAACCUCAGGUGACUUCUCUCGAGCCAUGUGAGAACACCACAGGGGAUCACGUUCUCUCUGGCCCCACCAAAGUCCUGGCGCUGCAUCCUAACAAGCAGAAAGCCCCAAACACGUCAGUAUCUCAGAGCCGCUUGCAGCUGUUCAAGGUGACCAUGUCUAGGAUUCUGAAGCUCAAAACACAGAUGCAGGAAAAGCAAGUAGCUGUUCUGAAUGAGAAAAAGCAGACCCAAAAAGGGGACUCAAAGAAUAUUGUGCAAAUGGAGCAGGAACUGCAGGAUUUACAGUCUCAGCUUUGUGCAGAGCAGGCCCAGCAGCAGGCCAGAGUGGAGCAGCUAGAGAAGACUUUCGAGGAAGAGCAGCAGUAUCUCCAGAGUUUGGAGAAAGAGCAAGGAGAAGAGAACCUGAAGCAACAGCUGGCCCAGGCUCUGCAGGAGCAUCAGGCUCUAAUGGAGGAGCUAAACCGCAGCAAGAAGGACUUUGAAGCCAUCAUUCAAGCCAAGAACAAAGAAUUGGAGCAGACCAAGGAAGAGAAGGAGAAGGUGCAAGCACAGAAGGAGGAAGUUCUUAGCCACAUGAACGACGUGCUAGAGAACGAGCUCCAGUGUAUCAUCUGUUCAGAAUACUUUAUUGAGGCUGUCACCUUGAACUGUGCCCACAGUUUCUGCUCCUAUUGUAUCAAUGAAUGGAUGAAGAGGAAGGUAGAAUGUCCCAUUUGUCGGAAGGACAUCAAGUCCAAAACCCCCUCCCUGGUUCUGGACAAUUGCAUUAGUAAAAUGGUAGAUAAUCUGAGUUCGGAAGUAAAAGAACGACGAACUGACUUAAUUAAGAGACGAAAAGAGUCAGGAGCUCUGGUGAGCACCGCCCACCAGCGCCACCACGACCACUACCACCGCCACGUUGUACUGAGGGCGAGACCCGUGCUUGGUGGCCAAGGCUUGCCCACCAGCCGCAGAGAAGGGCCCAGGGGAGGAACCUGA